AUGAUUGCCCGGCUCGAAAUAAAUCGUCUACAUUGGCUGUUGUUUGUAUUGUGGCAGAUUGCCUUGGUGUUCUGUACGCAACAAAUUUUUCCGGUUUUCUACAACUAUAGUCCACGCUUGGACUGUGACGAGUUUAAUAUUUAUGCUAACAGUUCGGAAUGUUCUCUUUCUAAGAAAGAUGUUUGUAAAGCUCUGGAAAAGUGCGAACUGAUUCGCGUGGACUCUGAUCCGCCGUUCCAUUCGGCCGUCGAGGAAUUUAAAUUGUUUUGUGAUCGAGACGCAUAUUACGCGACAGUGGUCUCAACCGUUCAAUUUCUUGGGGUUCUUUUUGGAACAAUUAUCUAUGGACACCUCGGAGACUAUUUUGGACGAAGAAUGGUUUCAAUUUUUGGCGUGUCACUUGGGAUUUUGUGUGGAGUUGCUUCAGGCUUUGCCCCAUCUUGGCCCUGGCUAGCGGCAAUACGUUUCAUUGUCGGUUCAUCCAUCGCGUGCGUACUUGUCGUAUUUUACACUUUCAUUUGUGAGCUGAUCCGCCCAAACCAGCGCGUAUUCUUGAGAGCAUUCUUCAAUUGGGGCUACGCGCGCCUAAUCUUUACGCUGAUAUGCUUCAUUUGCAAUCAUUGGAGGAGUGCGGCGAUUGUUACAGCAUUGGUUGUGAGCCCUGUCCCGUUAGUGGCGAUAUUGCUACUUCCGGAAUCUCCAAAAUGGCUCAUUUCGAACGGGAAAGAAAAGGAAGCUAGAAGUGCUUGUCGGAAGUUACAGUAUUUUGCUGGGGAUGAGACUUUAUUCAAUGAAGAUUUGAACCAACAAAGUAGCGGUCAUCGGGUUCAUACAAUGAAAGAUCUUUUGACCGACCGGACUAUUGCCAAAAGAACAGUUGUGCUUUGUGUGUUAUGGUUUAGCACUAGUCUGAGCGCCUUCGGUUCCGACCUCAACUCCGGCAACCUUGCCGGUAAUUUCUACGCGAAUCAAUUUGUUUCAGCUGCCGUGACGGCUUUCGCAAAGAUUUUUGUUUUCAUCCUCGACGAAAAGCUACCGACAUUUGAUCGCCGGAAACUGUAUUACUACCCGCAAAUUUUGGUGAUCGUCUGCUAUGCGGCUAUUAUGUUUCUACUUGCUUUUGUGAAAGAAGACGAUUGCGAUGAGGACUAUUGGGCGAAUUGGGCUGGUUGGAAAGUGCAAAGCCUACCAAAAUCGACAAUUGGGAUGGGAACGUGCUCCCUGUUGGCUAGAUGCGGAGCUUUAUUAGCCCCUCAGAUGGCCUAUCUCUCAUCAAUCUCCAGAUGGGCCCCUUAUGGUGUCGUUGUAGCCAUUGGCUGCUUCUCCCUUGUCAUCGCUAUAUUCUUCCUCCCAGACACAAAAGGAGUCGAUUUGGGGGAUAUGGAAAAGAAAGAUAAAGAACCUAUAAAC